AUGGAAGAAAGUGAAGAUGAUCGUUACCCACGGCCACGUGGUAUAAACGUGACACACUUUGUGAAAGAGCGAGUGAGACAAAUUGCUGAGUUAAUUCAGGUUGGUUAUUUGAAAUCAUCGGUGGAAAAAGCUGAGCGACGUUAUUGGGCAUAUGAAGAAGCCAUCGAUAAUCGCGUAUUGAUAUCAGGAGAAGUGACCAAAGGACCACGUACAGCUGUACAGCGUCUGCCGCGCCAUAUGCGCCGUCGUGCAAUGUCUUAUAGCAUCAAACGCUUCCCACGCAUGCAACGUCGUUUUGCAAUUUCAGCAGUUUCAGCUUCGAAACAUCGUCGAAAACCACCUAGCCGUUUUUGGAGAAGACGACCAAGAAAUCUACUUUUAAAUUAUAUCAGACGUCAACGAAAACAUGUAUGGCUUGAAACACAUAUAUGGCAUGCAAAACGUUUUCGAAUGAUCCAAAAAUGGGGCUAUAAUUUACCGUUUUGCAGUUAUCUACGGGCUUUUCGACCAUCUCAUCGUGAUGCAAUGAGGCAUUGUGUUGUUCGAGAUGUUAGCUUCUUGCACUGUUUUCAGAUAAUUGGAAAUAGUCAGACAGCAAUAAUUGAGCUGUUACGUAACAUUUGUGCACCAGAAGUUGGCCCAACAUUUGCAUUCAAAUCUGCUUUAGAUGGUCGUUUUGAGAUGCCAGUUAUGUUAUACGAACCAGGCAAAUAUCCGCGUGGUUUCAUUGCACCUGCUAGAUUUUUAUGGAGUAAGCACAGGACUGAUGAAAAGCAUAUAUUAAUUAUCUGGACACAUCCAUCUUCAAGUAAAAAUGUAUUAUCGAAAUUUAUCGAUUUGCUAAAAUUGAGAAAGGAAGACCAAGCAAUAAAUCUUAUAGAAAUAGACAAAGUGCCAUGCAGUAUUGAUGAAUGGAGACUACGUAAUUUAGAGAUAAAGACGGAUAUCUAUGUAAAUGAUGAAAGUCUAAAG